GCAUCGCGUAUGAAACGAAGCUGUUGAAGUACGUGCGGCUUACAUAUGUAUAUAUACGACUGGUGUUUUUCCAAUUUGCUAUCGUCGGGAGAGGCGUACAUUCGUUCCCUUGGGAUGCAGACGCCCGUCGGUCGGUUUCAGAGCCUGGAGGAAGCCGAGUGUCAGUUGACCCGCGAAGUACAAUGGACAAUGCCACAAAGGAAAAGUGGAGAACUCGAAGGUGGAAGGGAUGGAGUACAGGGUUAUCACCCAGGGGACCCUUCUUCCAGUUUUCCCAGCAGUUCCUGCCGUUUCUCGUUUUGAUCACGUUACUGCAACAGCCGGGUGUUUCUUCCCUGGACAUAACUUGGGUGCCAAAUCUGGAAUGGGAUACAAAAAGCAACUGGGAAAAUGGAUUCUUACCGGAAAAUGGUGUCCACGUUGUGUUACCCCUUGAAAUGCGUCUCUCCGUUGGUUUACCUGGGCGAACUAACGAUCUGGAUAUCGCCGGACUCGAACUACCUAGAGACGGUGCUCUCGCACUUCCUAAAACUGCGAGAAUUACGAUAAGCGAAUCCACUUCUUCUUCAAAAACUGCGCGUUGGACCCAGGAGGGACCGCUGCUAUGGGUGGAUCCGAAAAAUUGGCGUUCCGAAAGAUCUUCCGAAGCUGUCCCGCAUCUCGAACGUAUCCCCUGCCAAGGGGAUACCGUCGUGUUGCCCGGUGCCGGACGCACUUUCAGUAUGCAACUCCCUGGUGCCACGGGAUUCAAGAUUCGGGCCAUCAAAAUCGCCGAUGACACCGGCCCGCUGCCUCCCUGGGAAUGGAAACACACGCGCGAAAGAAUGGAAUUUGCAAGGGGCCCGAUGACCGUCGAAUACAGCGGAUUUCAGAGUUGCGACAGCUGUCCGUGUCAGCAGGAAGCAAACGGUCGAGAAAUUUUGAAGGAAGUCUGCGAUUCUCCAGGGGCAAAAUGCCGGGAUUUAGCAUGCGAGUAUCCUGUGAAUGUAGAGGGGCAUUGUUGUUAUUACUGCGGAGGUCGAUUGUUGCUGACAACCAAUCCGUCCCUUUCAUUCAUAAAAAGGAUGUCCGAUCAGGCGCUCGCAGGUUUUGGUAAUUCGCUGUCCUGGUAUCCGCGACGGACCUGGAAUUCCAAAACGGAAGUUUUGAUCGCUGGAAAAAACGGUGGAUACUCGGUCGAGGAAAUUGCCGCAGCCGUCGCGACCCUAGCGAACGCUCUCAAAGAGCAGGGAAUCGAGGUGGCAGCUUCCGAGUCAUCUGGGGCUGAGUUACAUGGCUCGAAAUCCAUAAGAGUUUUGGGACCGUUCUUCGGCUCCUUGCUCAUCAUACUGCUGAUACUUCUCGCAGUGUUUCCAUAUUACGGUUAUCCGCUCCGAAGGGUCCUCGGGGACGGUUGGAACGGACUUAGGGAUCUGGUACAGUCCGCAGGUGGAAACAGCGUCGUUGCGGGAGUGGCACCGACGCUACCUAAAAGACCGUUUGGAUUCGCGAGAUUUGAAAAUGCUGCCGAUUCCGACGUCGAACUUGCACCUUCUCCGAAAAUCGGUGGCAUACGUCGACGCGCUAGCAGCGCGGUAGAAGACCUCGAUCAAGACGAAGACGAGGAGGAGGGCGCCGGACGCUUCGCCAAUCCACUCUAUCGUUCCGGAAGAAGAGGUCCGGAGGCGCCGAGCUUCGCAGCUCUGAAAAAUAUUAAUCGCGACGACGUCGACGUGGCGGAUGAAGAAGUUGACUUGACGAUCGAUUAGUAGAUACAUGUAUACAUGUACGGUAUAUUUUUAUAUAUAAAAAAAAGAGAAAAUGGAAAAGACUUAUUUCCGAUGAAAUUGGAUUAAUAAUAAUGACAAGAUCAAAUAAAAUGAAAUAAAAUGAAAUAAAAUGAAAUAAAAACGAACAAAUUGAUGUAUGUAUGAACGUAACGUGUGUAUAUGUAUAGCAGCCAUCGAUAUUUUCCAACCGCGACGAAGUAUGUAUAUGUAAUCGUAUAAUUGACUGUUUCGUAACAUUCACCCCGGAGUUAUAUAACAUCGUGGAAGGCUUCUGCGAAUGUACGUAGAUAAAGGCGUAUGCGGCAAACGGGGGUAAAGAGCCGGGGGUUAAGAGGGUAAAAAAACGGGGUUUGAA